GGGCCACCAGCUCGACCGCUAUCUGGUGGCUUUCGGCAAAGGUACGAGGAACUGCGUCGGGAAGAACUUGGGCCAGGCUGAGCUCUAUCUCACCCUUGCGGCAAUCAUCCCCAGGUUUGCCUUCAGCCUUGUUGAUACUGAUGAGCGGGACGUGGAGAUCGGGCGGGAUUGGUAUGUCAUGCAGCCGUUGCGGCGCAGCGAAGGAGUCCGAGCUAUGGUCACCGACGGUAUAUGAACUCUAGCGGCACAGCAUCGCUUUUCUUUUUGUCUUACUCGUUCCAUAGUUCCCCACAAGAAAGCCCAGCCUUUCGUCAAGAUGAAUGCCACCAAGAUCAUUAGCUACGAGCAGCUGCCUUAUGAGCUUCAAGAGCACAUCGUAGAAGUGCUGAGCGCAUCUGCUCUCCAAAGCUGGAGCCUUGUCAACAAACACGCCUACAUUCUCACUCUGCGACGUCGAUACCGCAGUGUGCGCUUCCAGACGCCAAGCGCCGCCUACGCCUUCUCCCACCACCGCCUCCACACCAGCCUCGGCAGCCCCCGACACGUCAGAAACGCCUUCGUCAAUUUACCUUCAAGCCUCAGCCGCUGCGAUCUGGAGAAGUACGCCUUGGCGAUCCAGCCCAUUCCUGCCGCAGCUCUCCGCACAUUUAGCGUGCAUAUCGGAAACGGCGCUACAUACUCCUCCUGGGCCCUUCCUCUGCUGCUGGGCGCCGAAUCUCACAUCAGAGCACUACGCGUCAAGUCGCGCAACGAGUCCUGGUUCGGCGUCUUCGACUGCACUACCUUCACCCAGCUGCGCUCCCUGGAACUGCGCACCACGAAUCAGGUCUUCUCGGCCCCUCAGUACUCCACACUGCUCCGCGUCGCGCUGCAAUGCACGGCCAAGACGCUCACCUCGCUCGACAUCGGCCACGCCACCACGUCAACGGCCGCAGAGCUGCACACCUCCCCGGGCCUGAAUCCUCUGCGCGGCUUCAUCUCCCAAUCCAGCCUCGAUCGCGCCGCCGCUCCGCACCAUCCGCAUCUAGAAUGCCUGGCGUUCCGGGACCUUGAUUUCGGCAGUGCGGAAGCGUUCGACUGGUCUAUUUUCGGCGCCCAUGGCCCUGAAACGUUACGUCUGCUACAGUGCUACAAUCUGGCCCCCAUGCUGGAGACGACGAUGCGCAAUCUCUUGCCUACAUGGAGGGAUUUAACCGCCUUGGAUUUCGUGCUGCCGAAUAUGAGGAUGCAGACUCAUCCUGCGAGUCUCGCGGCCCUGGAGGAUGCGUUGUGCUGCUGUGCGGCGGCGAAUCUGGGGCUGAAGCAUCUCAGGGUCGAGAUUCCCGCUGCGGGACGCACGCCGGAUGCUAGGGCGAUCGCGCUGCAUGGCAAUUUGGAGAGUCUGGUUGUCGGCGUCACGGAUGCUGACGGGCGGUGGUUGCCGUUCGAGGCGGACGAGCUGCAGACUGUUAUCGAGGGUUGCAUGCGGCUGCAGUUGGUCGGUCUCAUUCUCCCGCCCGUCGGAACGGACUCCGAAUACUAUCUCACCUCUCUUCGCCGUCUCCCACGCCUGUCCCACGUCCUAAUCGCCGGCGCCGCCGAAGCUUCCAGACCAGUGUACUCCCCAGCAUGGCUGCAUUGCGGCCCCCAAGGCACCCUGGACGCCGGGGACUUGGCGCUCUCAGCCUGCAGAUCGCUGGGCCGGGGACCGUGGUCGUCGGGGAAUAUCACUUUAGGCGUGCAUGCUGGUCCAUAUUACUGCGCCACCUGGACCGGGGAGCUAGCCUUCUUCGUAGCAGAUGGUGAUGAUGAUAAUGGAGCGGCGGCUCGGCGCGUAUCAUUUGGUGGUGCAGCGCUGACGGGACCCUUGUCGCGAGUGCUGCUGUGUUGAUGAUCAUAUAUGCGCAUUUUCACGCUCGAUAUAUUAAUUGGGGUAAUAAUGGGGUUGGGUCUGCCUUGGGUCGGUCGCGUUCCGAAAAUACAUGCCGCGGCCUGGGAUCGGGUCGCUUGGAUCG